AUGGAGGAUAUCGAACAAGGCAAAGUCGCAACAACCACCCAGUCCAAACGCAAAGAUGAAGAAACAGAAGAAGACGACACCCAUUCCAAGCUCUCCGUCGCCGUGGGCCAGUCCCAGCUCGCAGGCGUGACGCCGCCCCACGAGUCCUACGAGGGAUACCACCGCUUCGACCCGACGGCAUCAUGGAGCGUAAAAGAGGAGCGCAGCGUAGUCUUCAAGACGGACCUGAUGUUGUUGACCUGGAUUUGUCUCAUGUUCUUCGGCCUCCAACUCGACCGCGGCAAUCUCUCCAAUGCAUUGACGGAUAACUUCCUCAAAGAUCUGAACCUGACCACAAAUGACUAUAAUAAUGGCACUACAAUCCAACUCGUCUGCUUCCUCGCCGCCGAAUUCCCCGUCCAGCUCCUCACCAAACGCUUCGGCUUCAAGCGCGUCCUGCCCUGCAUGAUGAUGGCCUGGAGUCUAGUCUCCUGGACGCAAGCGUGGAUGACCUCCCGCGCUGCAUUCUACGUGACGCGCGCGCUGAUCGGCGCCUGCGAGGGAGGCUUCAUCCCCGGGACGAUUCUCUUCGCGACCUAUUUCUAUAAGACGGGGGAGUUGUCCGUGCGGUUGUCCUUCUUUUGGUCCACGCUUAAUGUUGCACGCAUUAUCUCCUCGUUGCUGGCGGCGGGGAUUCUACAGAUGCGCGGUGUCCACGGCCGAACGGGGUGGUUCUGGCUGUUUCUUAUUGAGGGAUUGUUGACGUUUGUCAUUGGGUUCAUUAGCUUCUUCUACCUUCCCCAGUCACCAACGCACACCAAGAGCGUCCUCUGCCCUCGGUCCUGGUACACCGAGCGCGAGGAAGUCAUCAUGAUCAACCGUCUCCUCCGCGAUGACCCCUCCAAAGGUCUCACGCACAUCCACGACCGCGCAACCCUAUCCGACAUCCUCAACGCCUGGAGCGACAAGUCCAUGUGGGGAUUAUAUCUGAUCGGGCUGGUCGCAUACAUCCCGCAGUCCCCCGUGCAAGCAUAUCUGUCACUCACCCUCAAACGCCUCGGCUUCUCCACAUUCGACGCAAACAUGCUCUCCAUCCCCUCGGCCGCGCUGCAGAUCAUUCUCAUGCUGGCGCUAUCCAAGAGCAGCGAUUUCUUCAAGGAGCGCACGUUCCACUGCUUUAUCGGCGAGCUGUGGUCGUUGCCGCUGCUGGCGGCGUUGCUGGCGCUUCCGGCGCAUGGGUAUAACUGGGGCAGGUUUGCCAUCACGACGAUGAUCUCGGGGUAUCCGUAUUUCCAUCCGAUUGUCUCGUCGUGGAUCUCGGAGAAUACGUUUGAUGUGAAGAAGAGGGCGAUCACGGCGGCGACGUAUAAUGUGAUUGUGCAGGUUGGGUCGGUUAUUUCGUCUCAAAUCUAUCGGGCGGAUGACUCACCGUACUACUACAGGGGCAACAAGGUGCUUAUAUCCAUCUGUGUGCUGUCGCUUAUCGUCUUUGUUGCCCAGCGCGAGUUCCUGCGCUAUCUUAACCGGCAGAAGGAGAGGAAGUGGAGCGCCAUGUCGGCCGAGGAGAAGGUCUUGUACCAGUCUGAUCAGGAGGCGAGAGAGAAGGACGGGAACAAACGAUUAGAUUUUCGUUUCAAGUAUUGA